AUGUCUUGUAAGCAUGUCGACGCAGCUGAGCUGCAUCCGCCAGGACCCAGCCAAGCUGUCUACCGCGAGGAUUGCACUCAAUGCUUUGACUCCAUAGAUGAUUCCACUGGCUUGGAUGUUUGCCUGUUCUGCUUCAACGGCGGCUGUACCGGUGAUAGGAAUCACUCCAAACUCCAUAAGAUGAUAAAAAACCAUCCUCUGGUUCUCAAUAUUCGAAGAACAAGACGCCAUGUGGUUCGAGAUGAACCGCCUCAUAAGAUGUCCAAAUUAGCCAUCGCUGCAGAAACCGAAGCCGAUCGAUACGAUUAUCAUACAAAGGUUCGCUGUUAUGAAUGCGCGGUUGACGAUAUCGAUAAAUCCUCCGGUAGACUAUCUGCGGUGGUGGAUGGUGUAAUGAAAGCAAAUACAUUUUCAAGACAGGAAGAAGUAAAGGCCUGGGAGCAAGAGUUUACAUCUUGCGAACAUAUUCUUACCUUGCAACAAGAAAGCGCACGCCAAAUACAGUCUCAAGAUUUAGGCCACUGUUCUCUUUGCGAUCUGAAAGAGAACCUGUGGCUCUGCCUGCAAUGCGGUAAUCUGGGAUGCGGACGAGCGCAAUUUGGUGGACUUAAGGGCCAUUCUCAUGGCCUGGAGCAUAAGAAUCAAACUAGUCAUGCUGUCGCGGUUAAACUGGGAUCAAUUACUUCCGAUGGUAGGGCAGAUGUGUACUGCUAUGCAUGCGAUGAGGAACGAAUUGAUGAAGAUCUUGGCAAACAUCUUGCUCAUUGGGGAAUUAUACUCGCCGAACGUGAGAAGACUGAAAAAAGUUUGAUGGAGAUGCAGGUCGAUGAAAACUUACGCUGGGAGUUUUCCAUGACUGACGAACAAGGGCACGAAUUGACGAAGUUUUUUGGGGGAGGAUUUACAGGGUUGAAAAAUUUAGGCAAUAGCUGCUACCUGGCAAGCGCUCUCCAGUGCCUUUUCGAUUUACCUCAAUUCCAAAAGCGUUACUUUUCACCGAAUACAGAUCUACCUAUCGUCGAAGAUCCGGCUCAAGACUUGGAGACGCAGUUGCGCAAGUUGGCAGACGGUCUAAUAUCUGGCAGAUAUUCAUUUCCAGAUCCCGCUACCAAUCAAUCAAAAUCAAGCGGUGUUGCAGAUCAGAAGGGGUUGGCACCUUCAAUGUUGAAAUAUUUAAUUGGCAGAGGUCAUUCCGAAUUCUCAACCAUGCGUCAGCAGGAUGCUUUUGAAUUUCUCCUCCAUGUCUUCAAACUGGUCACACGUUCUCAGCACACAGCUCCGCUUGAGGAUCCCACACGAGCCUUUCGCUUCGUCAUGGAGCAGCGCUUGCAAUGCUUAGGCUGUAAAAAGGUGCGAUAUCGCACGGACGAGCAAGAUAACAUAUCUAUCCCCGUGCCACUCAGAAAAGUAAAAGUAGCCGCUAGCACAGACGGCGAGCCGGUGGACGAAUAUGAAGCUGUUACCUUGAAGGAAUGUCUGGACAGUUUUACCUCUGAAGAGAUCGUGGAACUUACCUGUCCGGCAUGUGGUAGUAAGGAUGGAUUCUCCAAGCGAUCGCUCUUCCAAACAUUCCCAGAAGUUCUCGCUGUGAAUGCUAGAAGAUUUGUUCUCAUCAACUGGGUGCCUACAAAGGUCAACGUUCCGGUCGUCAUUGGAGACGAUAAGUUCCUCCUAGAUGAUUAUCAGUCACAUGGUUUGCAACUUUCAGAAUCGCUUCUUCCUGACGCCGAUGAGACAAGUCAACCUUCAUUCUCCGCGAAUGCCGAAGCUUUACAGCAGCUCCAGGCCAUGGGAUUCCCAAUGAACCGUUGCGAGAAAGCUCUGCAUGCUACUGGAAACAGUGACGCCAACACCGCAAUGGAGUGGCUCUUCGCACACAUGGAUGAUGCAGACAUUGAUACUCCAUUAAAUUUGAGCUCCGGCGAGGCUACAACUACUACAAUCGACCCUGAGAAAAUCGGAACCUUAGGCGCCAUGGGCUUUGGGCCUCCACAAGCACGAAAGGCAUUGAGAGAAACCAAUGGUGAUAUGGAACGGGCUGUAGAAUGGCUCUUCAGCCAUCCAGACGAUCAAGGCGAGUUCGAGGACGAGACGGCUGUCGUCAACAGCAAUGUCACGAGAGACGUUCCUCCAGGAAGUGCUGCGUUGCCUGCUGCAUUCCAGCUUCAAUCUAUCAUAUGCCAUAAAGGAUCUAGCAUACAUGCAGGGCACUACGUUGCAUUUAUUCGCAAAAAGAUCCCCGAAGAUAAAGCAACAUCGUGGGUACUGUACAACGACGAGAAAGUGGUAAAGGCGAACGAUGUCGAAGAGAUGAAGAAAUUCGCGUAUGUUUAUUUUUUCAAAAGAAUCGAUUGA